AUGAGAGCGGCAUCAUGGACGGGCUCUCCCUCCAUCAAGGGCCGGUCGGAAGCGACGAGGAUGGCGCUGUUGACGUUUAGUCUGACGGGGGUUGCGUUUACAUGGGGUGUUGAAAUGUCUUAUUGCACGCCAUACCUGCUCCAACUCGGCCUCACCAAAUCGCGCACCUCGCUCGUCUGGGUCGCCGGCCCGCUGUCCGGCCUGAUCAUGCAGCCUCUAAUCGGCGUCAUCGCCGACCGCUCGCGCUCGAAAUGGGGCAGGAGGAGGCCCUUUAUGAUUUCUGGAGCUGUGAUUGUUGCGUUUUGUUUGUUGUUGCUCGGCUGGACGUCUGAGUUGGUUGCGACGUUUGUGCAGGAUAUUGAAAAGAGGAAAAAAGCGACAAUUGCUGUCGCGGUGCUGUCUAUUUAUGGCGUCGACUUUGCGAUCAAUGCAGCCCAAGCUUGCUGUCGAAGUCUGAUUGUCGACACGCUGCCAAUUUCUCAACAGCAACUAGGUUCCGCAUGGGCGAACCGGAUGCAAGCGAUAGGUUCCCUGAUCGGCUAUGUCGUCGGAUCAAUCGACAUGGUCACCACGUUUGGCACGCGGUUCGGCGACACACAGUUCAAGCAAAUGACCGUUGUCGCGGCGCUUUUCUUGGUCGCGUCUGUUUUGGUCACUUGCUACUCGGUGACUGAACGAGUGUUGGUUUCGGCAAGAGGGUCCGAAGGUCGAAAUGGCUUUUUCCAAGUCCUUUCGCAACUUUACAAGACCACCAUGGACAUUCCGCCUCGCAUACAGGCAAUCUGCUGGGUACAGUUUUGGUCGUGGAUUGGCUGGUUUCCCUUUUUGUUUUACAGUACUACCUGGGUUGGCGAAACGUACUUUCGCUACGAGAAUCCCGAAUUCGCGGCCAAAUCGUCAGAUACUCUGGGCGACGUCGGUCGUCUGGGCAGUCUGUCACUCGUGAUCUUCUCUUCAGUCACCUUUCUCAGCUCUGUGCUUUUGCCGUUUGGCGUGCGCUCGCCCGAUAGCAACAGCAAACGAGCCAACUUCACUGCGCGUCCUUCGCCUGGAAUGGCAGCGCUACUCCGACGCUUCAAGAAGUUCCGUCCCAAUCUGGCCACGGCCUGGCUUCUGUCGCAUCUGUUGUUUGCUGGAACCAUGGUUUUCGCUCCGAUGGCCCGGUCUUUAAGGUUUGCCACGUUCCUGGUGUCUAUAUCUGGGAUUCCGUGGGCUGUGUCUGGAUGGGCGCCGUUUGCCUUUAUGGGUGUUGAAAUCAACCGACUAGCGCUAGAACCGCCGACAACGCCGCGGCCAACAGCGACAAUGAUCACGUCGGCAACGUACCGAACCCAUGGCUACCGGCCUGUGGACAGCGUCGACCGAGACGUCGAAAUGGAUGUUCUCCGCCUGAACCACCGCGCGUUAGACGACGACAGCGACGACGAGUCAGUAGCAACAACCGAAGGCCCCUCGACUGGCGAACUUGCCGGAAUCUACCUGGGCGUGUUGAACGUCUACACCACGCUCCCGCAGUUUGUCGGCACGUUUAUCAGCUGGAUCGUUUUCAGUUUGCUAGAACCGGACGUCCCAGUCAAUGCCAGCGUCCCAGACGACAACAGCAACGGCAACAGCAAUUUAGACUCGAGCGCGCGCGACAACGGAUGGAUCAAUCUAGACACGGACGCGCCGAACGCUAUUGCGGUCUGUCUGUUUAUCGGCGCGCUCAGUGCGCUGGUUGCUACCGAGGCGACUCGACGGUUCCGCAAGCUGCGGUAG